AUGGUUCGUGCGAGCUUCACAGAGGGCUCGGCGACGGCGGAGAGAGCGGGCGGGGAUGGGGGGGAGGGCGGGGCUGGUGUGCGGGGAGGCGGAAGCGACGGUGUGGUUGCCGGGGGUGGCGGAGCGGCGGGAGCGGGUGACGGAGGCGGAGGGGGGAGCGGGCGCGGGGACGAGGAGCUGCUGUGCCCCAACUGCCGCGCGCCCCUCUCGCUCCUCUCUUUCCCCGCGCUUGCCUUCCCCCAUUCCCCCUCCUCCCCGUCCGCGUCCGCGCUAUCUCCGCCCAUGUCCGCGGCGGAGGCGCGCACGAGCGGGCGCGCGGUGCUGUUCUGCCGCCAAUGCCAGCGAUUCACCGACAGGCCGGUGGCGAGAGGGACAGGGGAGGCGGAGAAUGGGCGGAAGGGGAAAGAAGAGGGGCAGCCGCAGGUGACGGCGGAAGGGCAGUGCGCAAGCGGGGGGAAGGGGGAAGGAUUGGGGAAGGGCAAGGCCGGGGGGGGGGGCGCGAGAUGGUCCCGCUUUGGGCGGCAACUUAGCCGCCAAGACGGCCGCCCGGGCGGCAGGUCUGCGCGCAGCGAGCUGGACGGGAUGAUGGGCGGGGCGAGCGGGGGGGAAGGGGGGAGCGCGCGGAGGGAUGCGCGGGAGGAGUAUGUGAAUCGGUUCAAGGCGAAUCCCCCCCGCGCCUGGCGCGGGUGCGGGGGAGAAGCGGGGGAGGGGGCAGCAGAGCGGGGGAGGGGAGGGGAGGGAGGGGCGGGAAGGGCGGGAAGGGCGAGAGGGGAGGGAGGGGCAUGUGCCGUGUUUUGGGGCGGCAGGGGGAGGGGAGGACGGGACAGAGCACAACUGGGGAGGGGCGAAUCUGGGGAGAAUCUGCCCACGCCCAAGCAGAUCCGGGCAGCUCUGGAUGAAUUUGUGAUCGGGCAGGAUAAUGCGAAAAAGGUUUUGGCAGUGGCAGUUUACAAUCACUACAAGCGCAUCUUUCUUGAAAACCAGAAGCGGGAAAGACUUGCCAACCUGCCAGAGGGGGCGUGCGAGAACCUGGUGGGGGGCGGUGAGGAGGACGAGGUGGAGGUGGAGAAGAGCAACGUGCUGCUGAUGGGUCCCACGGGUUCAGGCAAGACCCUACUGGCCAAGACUCUGGCUCGGUUUGUCAACGUGCCAUUCGCCAUUGCUGAUGCCACCACUCUCACUCAGGCUGGUUAUGUGGGAGAGGACGUGGAGAUGAUUCUCUAUAAGCUGCUGCAGAGCGCCAAUUUCAGUGUGUCAGCAGCGCAGCAGGGCAUCGUGUAUAUCGACGAGAUCGACAAGCUUACCAAGAAGGCAGAGGGCAUCACGAGCACACGGGACGUGUCAGGGGAGGGCGUGCAGCAGGCGCUUUUGAGGAUGCUUGAGGGCGCUGUGAUCAAUGUGCCAGAGAAAACAGGGAGGAAGAAUCCAAGAGGCGAGUUCAUACAGCUGGACACACAGAACAUUCUCUUCAUCUGUGGAGGGGCAUUCGUGGAUCUGGAAAAGACGAUUGCAGAGAGGAAGCACAAGUCAUCCAUCGGCUUCGGGGCCCCCGUGCGCGCAUCGCUGCGCAACCGAUCGGUGCUUGACGCCCGCACUGCCGGCUCGCUGCUGCAAUCGGCAGAGAGCACGGAUCUGAUAGCCUAUGGGCUCAUCCCUGAGUUUGUGGGGCGAUUCCCCGUGCUGGUGGGGCUGCAUGCGCUCACAGAGGAGCAACUCGUGCAGGUUCUCUUAAAGCCCAAGAACGCCCUCAGCAAGCAAUUCGCCAAGCUAUUGGCCAUGAACAACGCCCGCUUGCACAUGACGGAGGGGGCAGUGAGGGCCAUAGCGCGCAGAGCAGCAGCGCGAAACACGGGGGCCAGGGGGCUGCGAUCGCUGCUGGAGGGGCUGCUCACCGAGGCUAUGUACGAGGUCCCCAGCAAUCUGGUGGAAGCAGUGGUGCUGGACGAGGCAUCGGUGGGGCACGAGGGGGAGGAAGGGGAAGAGGGCAAGCCGGUCCCCAGCAGUCUAGUGAAGGCAGUUGUGUUGGACAAGGCAUCGGUGGGGCACGAGGGGGAGGAGGGGGGCGACGGGGUCCCCAGCUCUCUGGUGGAAGCAGUGGUGCUGGACGAGGCAUCGGUGGGGCACGAGGGGGAGGAGGGCGAGGACGGGGUACCGGGGUGUGGGGCCCACAUACUGCAAGGGGAGGGCUCGUGGGAGCGGUGGUUGCAGGAUAACGAGGGGGGAGGAGAGAAGGCGGGAGGGAAGGGAGAGGAGGGCCAAGGGGGAGGAAGCAAGGGAGGCUCAUCUGGGGGAGGUGGAAGUGAUGAGGAAUCGGAUGCAGCUCCUGCUCUUGCCACAGCCACUGCAGCUUGA